CCAUCAAGAACUACGCGUCCCAGGGAGCAUCGCGCGCGCGCUCUCUGUUGUCGUGCCGCCGCCUUCUCAGUGGUGCGGUUGUUCGUGGCGCUCUUUCGGGUCCGCAGCGCUUCCGUUCUUUCUCCUUUCCUCUGCCCGGCCCGGCGCUGUUUCCCCGCCCGCUUCCCCCCACCCCCUUCGCGGUCGGCGCAUUCACGCGAGUCCCCGGCUUCGCUCGAGGCCUACGUCCUUUUUUCGCCUCCUCCGACGGCCCCGUGACAUGGCGCGGCUGUCUGUGCCCAGCUCGCAGAAGGCCCUGCUGCUGGAGCUGAAAGGGCUUCAGGAGGAGCCCGUGGAGGGCUUUCGAGUCAGCCUGGUGGACGAGGGGGACCUUUACAACUGGGAGGUGGCCAUCUUCGGGCCUCCCAAUACGCAUUACGAGGGUGGCUAUUUCAAGGCUCGGCUCAGAUUUCCCAUUGAUUAUCCUUAUUCGCCGCCUGCCUUCCGAUUCCUGACCAAAAUGUGGCAUCCCAACAUAUAUGAGACGGGGGACGUUUGCAUUUCAAUUCUACAUCCUCCAGUGGAUGACCCACAGAGCGGAGAGUUACCGUCCGAAAGGUGGAACCCUACCCAGAAUGUAAGAACAAUUCUUCUUAGUGUCAUCUCACUCCUGAAUGAACCAAACACUUUCUCUCCUGCAAACGUCGACGCUUCGGUGAUGUACAGAAAGUGGAAAGAGAGCAAAGGGAAGGAUCAAGAAUACACGGACAUCAUCAGGAAACAAGUCCUGGGAACCAAGGUGGAGGCCGAAAGGGACGGCGUCAAAGUCCCCACCACGUUAGCGGAAUAUUGCGUCAAGACCAAGACGCCCGCCCCGGACGAAGGCUCCGACCUCUUCUACGACGACUAUUACGAAGACGACGAGAUGGACGACGAGGUGGAAAGCUGCUACGGGGACGAGGACGACUCCGGCAACGAGGAGUCUUGACGAGGGAUUCCCUGCCCCCCCCGCCCCCCUUCUUCUUCUUCUUCCGCCGCCCCCCCUUCCUUCUCCCCCUCUCCCCCUCCCUCCACCGCUGCCUCCUGCUGCUGCACCUGAUAGUAGCAAUAAAUUACCUGACUCAUACUUGAACCCUAGGAUGCAAACGGCUGAGACCUGGAAACCCCAUUCAGCCCCGAGACGAAAGGACCCAAAAACUCUACCUCAAAAGGAAGACUCAGCUUCUGCUUGACUGGGGAGGGGGUGGGAGAUCUCCCAGGGGGCUUCAAGUGCUGUGUGUUUUUUGGGGCUUCUGAUAUUAUUAUUAUUUUUUAAAUAUCCUUUUAUUUGGGGAGGAUUUGGGUGGAUGGAAGCGACUCCUGAUUCAUCCUGAGCUGUUUCUCGGGACCGCCUGGCGGGGGGUGAGUUCGGGACCGAGUGCGAGGUUUGGAACAGCUUUCGUGACGUGGGUGGGGUUUUUUUUCCCCUUUAAACAAAAAAAAAAAUGCAGGAUUUGGGGAGAAUUUCUAGGGAGGAUUUCCUAGCUGUACCAGCCAGGUUGGGGUGACCUAUUAGGCCAGCCUGUAUGGCAGAAGCAGGUAUUGUGAAGUGGAUAUUUCCUCUUGGCUCACCCUUGGAGACAAGGCCAGGGAGUCUCCGGAAGUUUCUUCCACAGGAGAAAGAUGGUUUCCUUCCUGGAGCCAAUUUUGGAGCCCGAUCUCUCACAGUUUGUCUCGGUUCCAGCGUUCCGCCAAAACCCGCCAUUUGACCAAGAUGGUUUCCAUGAUGGUUUAUCCGGUUGCUUUUCCUCUUUCCUUGGCUUGACUUUCUUUCAGGGAGAACCCCCAAUUCCCCGGCGAGCGAAGGAACGACAGCGGAUAGUGAGGGGGGGGUGUUCCCUGGACUCGGAGUAAAGGAGGAAUUGGGCUGUCCGUUGUGCAUUGUCGCUUUGGUGUAGAGCUAAAACACAGCCAAAAACAAUACAGUUCCUCAGUUCCUAGAGAGGAACUGAGGUUCCUCUCUAGGAACCUUGGUUUGGAGACCCCCAUUGCUGGAUGUGGGGCAGGCACUGGAGUGGGGCAGAAGGUAGUGGAGUGGAGCCCGCCUUCUAUGCCCGCUUCACCGUUGCAUCCCUUUCUGAAGCUUAUCUCCCUCCCCUUUUUCCAGAGAUCCUGAACAAAAGUUGGGUGGCUCCAUAGGAGGCCACAGCUCUUACCGAGCAGGCCCAUAUCUGCAGCCAAGACGGGGGUCCUUCAGCCGGGACAAAUUAUGGAGGGAAGCAUGGACGAGAAAGGCCCUUGGUCUUCCCAUUCUCGCCUUCUCCUCCAGGGCCUCCCUCUCCUGAUUUUCAUUAUAGAGAGAAAACAAAGAAACGUUGCUGAUGGAAGCAAGAGACUCUGUCCAACCUGGAAGCCUCCCCUUGAAACCAGACAG